AUGAAUCCGAACAUUUCUACGAGUUUCUUUUCGCGGGAGGCCCUCCUACAAAGACAGGCACGAACACUGCGAUCUCGCAAACUCACCCAGUCAUCAAUAAGAAAUAAGCCGUUGCUCAACGUCAUUCUCGAGGAGGACGAAACUCGAACUUCAUCAAGAUCACCAUCACCCGUGCUCAGUCUGUCAUCGAGUUCAAAAUCUGGCAGCAGCUCUACACACAGCCUUAAGGCAAAACGCAGACGCGCUAUGGCCCAUGUUUCUGACAUUAGGAUCGCCCGUGAGUCAACCCAUGACGACGACAUCGAGCUCUCGCCUCUGCUUCUGUCCGCGCCCCGUCCUGCCCCCUCACCACCAACAAGUUCAUCAGAGUCUCCAGACUCCUUCAGCCUCACAUUUACAAAUGUGGCGUAUAAAUUUCCCCACCCACCUACUCCGUCUAGUCUUGGAGGCUGCGAAUCCCCCACACCCUCAAUGUCAUCGCUUUCUUCCAGUCCUUGCUCCCGACACGGAGAUAUGCCACUUACACCUUCUUCCUCUGACGACGAAUCUUCCACUUCUUCUCGCUCUUUCAACCCCCGUCGCGCGGCAAUCCAACCUCUUGUUAUUGCCAAGCACAAUCCACGUCCAAGUUCGCCAUUUAACGAGAUUUCUCUGUCUUCGUCGUCCCUUCUGGAGCCUUUCAAGGACUCUUCAGAGGAGCCUCAAGUGACUUCGCUUACCUCGGCGUUUAUGGACGACGUAUACUCCUACGACUCUGACCCCGAAUCCGACUCUGAGUGGUACAACCGCGAAUUCUCUGAUUUUUUGUCUCUUUACUCUCCAACCCCAUCGUCGUUCCCUAUACAACAAGCGAGACCGGAAUCUAUGUUUCUUUCAGAGGACAUCGACGUUGCCAGCCCUAAGUCCCAACGCAGGAUUUCGAAGGCCCUACCACCUACUCCAUCCACUCCAGCCUCCAGACGCGAGUCCGUGGUCGUUCCAUCUGCAGAGCCCAAACGCUCUUCUAAGAGGGAAAGCAGGAGGAUCAGUAUUCCCAAGUACCCACCACCUCCAGUACCUACGGCAUCCCGUCCUUCGUCCAUGUCUUCAAGGACUUCAUCCCCGACCUCUGCUCCAGCUUGCAACAAAACACUGCCGCACAGCAUUCGCCGACCACCUCCUCGCAUGAGCAUUCCGCUUGAUUGCGAAUUAGAUUUCGAUUUGGCGGAAAUUGAAGAGGACGACUCCUCGUCCGCUUUCUCUUUUUCUAUGUAUGAAAUUGACCUCGACUACGGAAUCGCAGAGCAACCCAAAAGCUCAGGUAGCUCGGGCUCCGACCCCUCAGUCUACUCGCAGCCUUCCUUUGAGGAGGAAGAGGACCACUUCGACGGACAAGAGAUUACUUUCGAUCUCGAUUACUCGUUGAUGCUCCCUCUUUCUCUCCCCACUACGCCUUUCGAUUUGGAAGCUGACAUCGCUUUGGGACUGGAGAAACUUCGCGUGCAGGAGGAAACUCAAGUCGACUUGCCGACUAUCUCUAUUGAAGAGCAACAACCUGCACCUACACCCGAACCUACACCCGAACCUGAACAGGAGAUCGUUGUGGACGACGUAUUUUCUCCCUCAUCCUCUUCCUCAUUUUCUUUCUCUCCAUCCCCUUCCGUUACCUCACACUCCAACGACUAUUUCCUUGCCGUCCCCUCCUCCAACACCGCAAAACGCCCGCUCUUUAACGAAGAGAAGAUCCUCAAGUCGAAAUGGAGCUCAUCCACCCUCGGCUCCGUGCGCGAGGAACACGAACACCGCGCGUCCGCCUCCAAAUUGCGCCUGUACUUCGGCGGCGGCCAAUCGCCCUCGAAGAGCGGCAAGCGUGGAAGCGCGCAGUCGAACAAAAAGGUACCGCCUACACCGACGUCCCCGUUCUCGCUCAUGACGCCGAGGAAGUCGAGCCGCGGGUACGCUGUGAGCCCCCCACCUUCUGCGUCCCCCAGCUCCCGUGGUCAUUUCAGAGGUACUAGCUCAGAUGUGAUGAUCAUUGGGUACGGGGGUGGUGUGAGGAGGAGAGGUAGUGUCUCGACUGUUAGCGAUGUUGGCAGCGAGGACAGUUCGUCCAGCACUUCGAGUUCGGGGUUGAGGAGGAAACCCAUUCCGAUCGAGAUGUUCCUAAGAAGCGAUAUGCUCAUGAAGAGCACGGCCUGA